AACACAAAGGAAAUCCAUACUCUAGAUUAAUCAAGUGUGCCGUGUUCAUAAUAUGAAAUAUUUAGCUUAUACGGCCUUCUAACAUUUCGUAAUGAUAUAACUGGAAGUUAGAGAGAGAAAAAAUUUAAUUACAAAAGCGGUAUGACCGUUUUACUCAAAAUGCAGAAUUCUGCCAUGGAGAAGACUGUGCUUUUAUUAAUCAUUUUAAAUGUUGUUGGAAUUGAUUGUUCCGUUUCUCAGGGUGUUGUAGAAAGAAUUAGAGAUUUGGCAAAUAGAGUCGAUUCCGGACCAGUUCUAAAAGAUGAAGAUUACGCUGCCGUCAUUGAGAAACUGGGUGAAAUCGAUAAAACAUUGAACGUGUCUCUUGGACAGAGAGAUGGCCAUGUUGGUGUGACUCGAAAAACAGAUGAAGUGGACCUGACAGCAGCAGAACAUUUAGGAAAAGAGUUCAAGAAAGUUAAAUCAGCUUCUGGUGGUGAAAUGUCAGAAAUAGCAAAAUUCCUUGAAGAAUUUACGAAAAUCGAAGAAGACUUGACUUCAAUAAAACAAUACAUGGAAAAAUACCAUAUGAUAUGUUUAAACAAUACUGAUCAGCUGGAUGCGCGUAUAGAAGAACUAUAUGAGGUUAUUGAAAGUGUCAGAAAGGAAAUAAUUCAGAAACAGGUAUCUUUGCUUUCUGAGCUGAAUAAAACGUCUAGACUUGAGAGGCAAGAAUUUAAUGCUAUAGCAGAACAAAUGGCAAAGCAUGUGCGACAUAUUGCUGAACUAUCUGGUAAGAAGGAUAAAACUAAGCAAUCGGAAAUAAACACCACACAUUCCGAAAACAGUGAUACGUUAGUAAACAAACCUACCGUUCAAAUUGAACAAAUGAAUCUUUACACAUCUUGCAAACAUGCAAAAAUUGCCGGAAGUUUAAGAAACGGCGUCUAUAAGCUACGAAGUGGACUCGAGGUCGUCUGUGACCAGACCACAGACGGAGGGGGGUGGACCGUGUUCCAGAGAAGAAAGAAUGGUGAGGUCGACUUCUAUCGUGACUGGGCUGAAUAUAAAAAUGGUUUUGGUGAUCUUAAUGGUGAAUUCUGGUUAGGGAACAAAUAUCUGAAUAAUAUCACAGGAAGAGGUGAUCACGGGCUGAGAAUUGAUAUGGAAGAUUUUGACGGAAAUAAGGCAUAUACUAAAUACAGUAAGUUCAAGGUAUACCCGGAAGAAGACAUGUACAAACUGCAUGUGAGCGGAUACAGCGGAAAUGCCGGAAAUUCCCUUAAGUAUCACAACAAAAUGGCGUUUACAACGUUCGAUGAUGACAACGAUAAUUACAAAUUUGGAAAUUGUGCUAGACAACACCGUGGUGCCUGGUGGUACGACUAUUGUUACUAUUCGAACCUCAAUGGCCAAUAUUUUAAUAAAUUUCUUGAGCCAAUUAACGUAGGAAUCAUAUGGUUAGACUGGAAACAAGUAACUUUAAAAAGUACAGAAAUGAAAUUUCGUUAAAGGUAUAUUAUGCCUAUAUUCAAAAUCUGCAAAUAUGAACAAAAUUACUGCAAAGUAACUGUGUAAACAUUAACUUUAAAAAGUACAGAAAUGAAAUUUCGUUAAAGGUAUAUUAUGCCUAUAUUCAAAAUCUGCAAAUAUGAACAAAAUUACUGCAAAGUAAUUGUGUAAACAUUAACUUUAAAAAGUACAGAAAUGAAAUUUCGUUAAAGGUAUAUUAUGCCUAUAUUCAAAAUCUGCAAAUAUGAACAAAAUUACUGCAAAGUAACUGUGUAAACAUUAACUUUAAAAAGUACAGAAAUGAAAUUUCGUUAAAGGUAUAUUAUGCCUAUAUUCAAAAUUUGCAAAUAUGAACAAAAUUACUGCAAAGUAACUGUGUAAACAUUAACUUUAAAAAGUACAGAAAUGAAAUUUCGUUAAAGGUAUAUUAUGCCUAUAUUCAAAAUUUGCAAAUAUGAACAAAAUUACUGCAAAGUAACUGUGUAAACAUUAACUUUAAAAAGUACAGAAAUGAAAUUUCGUUAAAGGUAUAUUAUGCCUAUAUUCAAAAUCUGCAAAUAUGAACAAAAUUACUGCAAAGUAACUGUGUAAACAUUAACUUUAAAAAGUACAGAAAUGAAAUUUCGUUAAAGGUAUAUUAUGCCUAUAUUCAAAAUCUGCAAAUAUGAACAAAAUUACUGCAAAGUAACUGUGUAAACAUUAACUUUAAAAAGUACAGAAAUGAAAUUUCGUUAAAGGUAUAUUUUGCCUAUAUUCAAAAUUUGCAAAUAUGAACAAAAUUACUGCAAAGUAACUGUGUAAACAUUAACUUUAAAAAGUACAGAAAUGAAAUUUCGUUAAAGGUAUAUUAUGCCUAUAUUCAAAAUCUGCAAAUAUGAACAAAAUUACUGCAAAGUAACUGUGUAAACAUUAACUUUAAAAAGUACAGAAAUGAAAUUUCGUUAAAGGUAUAUUUUGCCUAUAUUCAAAAUUUGCAAAUAUGAACAAAAUUACUGCAAAGUAACUGUGUAAACAUUAACUUUAAAAAGUACAGAAAUGAAAUUUCGUUAAAGGUAUAUUAUGCCUAUAUUCAAAAUAUGCAAAUAUGAACAAAAUUACUGCAAAGUAACUGUGUAAACAUUAACUUUAAAAAGUACAGAAAUGAAAUUUCGUUAGAGGUAUAUUAUGUCUAUAUUCAAAAUUUGCAAAUAUGAACAAAAUUACUGCAAAGUAACUGUGUAAACAUUAACUUUAAAAAGUACAGAAAUGAAAUUUCGUUAAAGGUUUAUUAUGCCUAUAUUCAAAAUUAGCAAAUAUGAACAAAAUUACUGCAAAGUAACUGUGUAAACAUUAACUUUAAAAAGUACAGAAAUGAAAUUUCGUUUAAGGUAUAUUAUGCCUAUAUUCAAAAUUUGCAAAUAUGAACAAAAUUACUGCAAAGUAACUGUGUAAACAUAAAAUAAACAAAUUCGUCCGUGUGUGUAGAUUGUGAUUUAUUUAAAAUUCUUCACACUAUUAAACGCGUAUUAAAUAUGUUAUGCACUAAAAGUUAGAAGUUCAGCUAAUUAAUACAGUACGUCCCAAGUUGAAUAUACAUAUUUGCGGGGAUGUUCGAGGUUUAAAAUCUCAAUCUAAUAAUAAGAUAUUUUAAUGAAAGGUGAAAAAGCCUUUCUUUAAGCUAGAAAGUAUUUUUAAAUUUUUUAUUGUUGGCCAGUUAAGGUAGUGAACCCGUCAUGACAAACGGCAAAUUACGUUUUCUCCUUUUGCGAUUUCGGCAUUACUCGGAUUUUACGGAAAGUCAAACGCGCGUUGAGGUUACAUUCUACCAAUUCAAUUCCUUAUUUAUUUCAUAUUAAUAACAAAACAUUCAGACCUCAUUUUCAGCACUUUAGAACAUUUCAAUGAUAUGAAAACCAUAUAUGGUCAUUUAGUAUAACAUGUUUUCUUAUCAAAAAUAGAAAAAUAUUGACAUGUUAUGUUGUAUAUAAGAAAAUUAAUCUGUUCUGAAAAACAUCACCCUCUAAAAAUGCCCCCAUGAAAACAGCCGUUUAGCAAUUACGCAUAGGUAGACAUUUUUCGCAAAGAAUAAAACUUAUUCCAGGAAAUUUACAAUGAAAAUGAUCUAGAUCUAUUCUCAAUACAAUAAGCAAUAAACAUAAGCCAAAAAUUUAACUCUCACCUCCUCAUGUCACUCAUUAUACCAGAUUUCAUUCAUAGUAUGGAACUACAUUUUGGACUACUUUACAUGUAACACUGAGUAGUCACUUCCGGUUUGGUGUAAUCCGUCCUUGAGCUUUAAUUACGUCCAAAGUAUGCCGAAUUGCCCGAACGAUAAUACGUUAAUACACGGAAAUUGCCGAAUGUCAUUACAGGCCCAUUACCUUAAUAACGCGAUGUUUAAAUAAAGGCUUUUAAAAAAAGAACGAGUGUGUAUAUAUAGCGUCAUUUUCGUACACAUGUAUGUAUAAAUCAGUUGCAAUAACUUGUAGCCCAACCCAUUUGCUUUUGUUACUUAUUAUGUAUAUGUGCUAUGUAUUAUGUGUUCAGAAGCAAUAAAAUAUGAUUAAAUUAACCACUAGACUGAUAACAAAGAUAUUUCUUUUUUUUUGCCAAACUUCAUUUUAUGGAGACAAAAGCUAGUCUGUUAUAGAGAUUUAGAGAUGGGGUAUAGACUGGCUCAAUUCACUACGUUAUAUAAAAUAUAUAUAAAAGAUAUAUAUCAUUGUCUAGGAGCUAGUCUACCACUUUAUCACUUUAGAUAUAUUAGGCAUGUUUUUUUAAACCCUUAGUCAAAUCAUUUUGAAAAUUUAUUCAAAUGUAUUUUACACCCAGUAAGUGAUGACUAGAUCAGAAAAUGAAUAUUUGCUUCGAUGAUUUUCCGAUUGUGAAUCGAAACAUCAUUUCUGGGUUGAUGCGUUUAUAGAAUAUUUGCAACACUAGUUGUUCUAGUAAUGAAGUAAAAUGAGCCGCACCAUAAGAAAACCAACAUAGUGCGUUUCCGACCAGCAUGGAUCCAGACCAGCCUGCGCAUUCGCGCAGUCUGUUCAGGAUCCAAGAUGUUCGCUUUUAAAACCUAUUGCAAUUAGAGAAACCGUUAGUGAACAGCAUGGAUCCUGACCAGACAGCGCGGAUGUUGGUUUUCACAUGACGCGGCUCAUGCCAACUUUAUAUGUCUCCGUAUCAUCGUGCUGCUUUAAGUAAAUUUCCUUUACGUAUCGGAAUCGGACGUUAUGAAGGUCCGGAAGUAAUUGACCGGAAAUGUCCGUUUCGUGACAAUGUUGAAGACGAGAGACAUUCCAUGCUCGAUUGUUAUCUUAAUGAUGAUUUAAUUAAGAUUGUCAUUAUUUGAUCAAAUUGUAAGUGUAAAUUAUGACUUUCUUUCUAUGUUUUAAAAUACAUCAAUUCGUCAACUCAGUGCAAAAAAGUGGAUAACUCCAUUGACUUAAAGAAGGACUUAUUCACUUUUUGCGCUAAGGCGAGGAAUUCGUUCUUCUAUUCACAACCUCAUAGAUGAUUAGAAAUUGCGCCAAAACCUGCUGCAGUAUUUUAAGUCGGCGGCUAUAUUAUAUCAAUUUUGUAUGUAAUGCUUUUUCCUUUCCUUUCGAUAUGCAUUCAUUUUAUAUGCUUCUAAGAAGUUGUUGCCAAUCAGUUCAUCUACGAUCUGAUCGGGGUGAUAUUUGAUUUUCUAAACUGUUUCUUAAACGCCCAAUAGUGCUUAAUUUAACAUCCAGUGCUUUAUCCAAAAUAUUUAAACUUUAUUUUAAUGAUAGAUUAGCAACUGCCCCUUAAGUUUAAUAUAAAGAGGAUAUUUGUUUGUUUUGAGUGAGUAUGGAAUAUAGUCUAUCUCACUGAGAAGUGAGAAAAUUUCAAAUAUUUUCUCGAGCACACAGCGCGAGUGAAAAUAUGAAAAUUUUCUCACUUCGAGGUGAGAUAUAAUUAUUCAGUAUUCACGAAAAACAAACAAAUUUUCUUUUUAUUUUAUGUUUUAUUACGUUGAGAUGUGCAUUUUGCAACAAAUUUUAAUCUCAACGCGGGAAACAGACGCGCGUAAACAGUCAUGACGUCAGACGUGUUGUGAGGUUAGAAAGACGCACACAACAUAAAGUUCCAUUUUAUUUUAUUUUUUGCUGCAUAACGUUAUGAAAUUUUUAUAAAGUAAAAUAAUUUGAAUUGAGAAAUAUACUAUAAAGAACAAAGUGCGACUACGAUUUUCAUCCUGUUUUAAGCAAUUAAUUUAAAAUUCAUACACAAUGUAUGAGGGGAUGGAGCUACAUCUCUCACAGUGUGAAAAUACAGAUUUCAUAUUUUCACAGUGUGAGUGAUGAGAUAUAAAAAUAUUUAACUGAUAGAAUACAAUAUUUCAUUAGUUAGCAUAAAAUAAAUAUUAUUAUGAACGACGGAUAUCAUAUCCUAUAGGAUAUUCAAAAUGAAAGAAAUAUAAAUGUCUGUAAUAUUUCUAAGUCAGAAUGGUUACAUACACGGGUUUGAUAUGAACAUAUUUGUGUGUUGUGUAUUAUUGUAUUGCAUGUAAUUGAGACUAUAAUAAAGAAUAAAAUGUA